AUGGAUAGGGAUGUAGCAAGUUAUUCAGUUGAAGGUCGCAUAGGAGAGGGUGCUCAUGGGCUGGUCUUUAAAGCAAGGCACUUGCCUACCGGGCGAGAGGUAGCUUUAAAGAAAAUUUUAAUAAAAAACCUCGAAGAUGGCAUACCAAUUAACGUUAUGAGGGAAAUAAAAGCUUUGCAGUUGCUAAGAUGUAAAUAUAUUAUUAAAUUGUACGAUAUGUUCCCUCGGGGCAUGAGUUUGGUAUUAGUUUUGGAAUAUAUGUGUUCGGGCUUAUGGGAAAUGUUACAUCACAACCAACAAGAGCUGUCAAUCCCACGAGUCAAGACCUACGCUCAAAUGCUUCUUAAAGGGACACGAUACAUGCAUGCCCAUUAUGUUAUGCAUAGGGAUCUAAAACCUGCCAACUUGCUAAUAAAUUACGAAGGGACGCUGAAGAUAGCUGAUUUGGGUCUAGCGCGUCUUUACUGGCCCGAUGGCGGUCGACCCUACUCCCAUCAAGUAGCUACGAGAUGGUAUCGUGCCCCAGAACUUUUGUAUGGAGCAAGGUUUUACAGUGAAAAAGUAGAUUUGUGGUCCGUGGGAUGCAUAAUUGCAGAAAUGAUAACCAAGCAACCCCUAUUUGCGGGUGAAUCGGAUAUAGAACAACUCGCAAUAGUACUUCAGCAUCUUGGAACACCUACCGAAGAUUCCUGGCCAGGUCAUUCGGAGUUGCCAGACUACCAUAAAAUAACAUUUCCGGAAUCCUCGCCCACUCCGUGGACGGAGCUCUUGCCAGGAGUAGAACCUGAGGCCUUGGACCUUAUCAAGUCUUUCGUACUUUAUGACGCCAAUAAAAGAAUAUCAGCCAAAGAGGCCCUUCGGUGCGCUUGGUUGCACGCGAGGCCGUUUCCUGCUACCAUGCCAGAAAUGCCGAAGCCAAACAUCAAUAAACCGAAA